AUGGCCGCGCCAGGCCUUACGACAUCCAACUCCGUUCGUACCAACGCAGCCUUCAGCAUACCAAAUGGUUGGGCUAAAGAACAUGGCGGUGCAAUAAAAAACAACGCAGACCCUGAAGAAUACACAAAACAGAUGCUCCAAGACGAAGGAAACAUGAUGGACAAACUAAACAACCACGAGGAAAAGGUCGAACGGCUGCCACAUGGUCCACAUCACAAAGGCCGUUUGGGGAAGACUCGGCGAACCUCCAAUUCGAAUCGACGGGGAAAAACAAGGGACUUAUUAAGCCUGGCUGGAAUAAUCGGUGUAUGCACCGAAGGGAUUUCGACCUCAUAUGCCAGUCCACAAAUUGCAACGGAUCUAUUUGACGAAGGGACCAAAUCCAAGCGGUCUCAACACAGAAAAAAAAAUCAUCGAUUCGACGCGUUACCAGAUGUAUUUACGACGGUUCCACCAGCAAAAGCAGGAUCGAAGACAAGAUCCUCCGUCAAACCCAAAGAACUCCAAUCUACCGCUGAUAAUACUUCAAGAGAAUGGGCCGCGUUUGCCAAAUUCUCCGACUCGCGACGCUCUUCGGACUCUAGCUCCCCUAGAGUGGACAAACGUCGCUCCAACGUUUCGACACCCUUCUUGCGCAACAUUCGCUUAGGACAAGGGGAAAACUUACCGCCUAUAGGUUAA